CCAGCAACUUCCGGUUCGAAAAAAAUGAUGGCUGCUGAUGUUUUUGUUUCAUGAGAGUGAGAGUGAUUAAAUAACAAUUGUUCAUUAUGGCUUCAAAAGAAGAUCGUACAAAGAGACUCGAAGCUGGAAAAGAAAAGGUAUUUAUAUAUUGUUAAGACUGUUAAUAACAGUUUUUGGAAUCGAGGGGUAACUCUUCCAGACACACAGUCUAAUUCACCAACAAUCGAUUUCUUUCUCUUAGUAAUCAGUACUCUCAAGUAGCCUCAGUCUCAGAAGUCGGCUCAGUUCAGAGUUCAAAGCAGGUCACUGAGAGACUGAAAAGUGGGUCAGAUUUAAGGGACAGUCAAUUCCAAGAUAAAAUCUGUCCAAAUUACUAGACAAAACGGGAAUACCACUGUUACCCAUCUCAAGAGAACUAGGCCUAAGUUCUAACCUAAGAACUCUUCUUAAUAGUAAUAUUAGUAAUUUAAUAUUCUUAGUCUCCUCACACUGACUCUAUCAAGACCAGAUCUGUCCGACUCUCAGCUGGAUCAGGGGGCUGAUUUUAAAUGGCUUUAACCCAUUUGAUAUGUUUCACCGCAGUGUGCGCCAACCCGAUUUCGACUAAAUACGUUAUCGCCGCACAUUCACAGUGCAUAAUCACUGGUUAGUUUCAUUCCUUUAGUGUUUGAGCUUUUACAGUGAAAUAUUUUAUUUAUAGCUUUCUAAACUUUUAUCACAAGAGUUUCAACUUCCUCUCCGUGAAUUUUCUAUAGAAUUGAACCACUAUUAUUUGCUAGUUUUUCACGUUCUAAAAAUUGUUAACAAACAUCAGCUGAUUGAAGUGGCUUCGACAAGUGGUACUAAUACUAAUAUUAGGUGUGCUCGCUUAAAAUUUAGAUAUAUGACUGCCGAAGAAGCAAGCCGAUUAAUUAGCUUGGAUGAUUCAUUGGACUCGAAUGAAAACAAUGAUGGGAGUGAGGAUUUGGAUGAUAGAUUGCUGUUUGAUUGUGGCGAUGAGGAAUAUAUUCCUCCAGCCACAAAGAGACCAUUAUUAUGCAAGGGGAAAUGAAAAGUGAAAGGAAAAUAUGGCAUCACAUCUUUUUCACCCACUGGACCUAGACAGUUACAGUAGGCUUAGCUCAUAAUGUAAUGCAUAGGUCUAACUCUUAUCUGACUACAGAGUCUGAGUGGUCAGAAGUUAUAACUGGACAAACUGAAAACAAUUUUCGAUUUCACCCACUUAGAACUCCUGGAGUUAUUCCCAUGUUACAAAAUAUUGAAAAUCCUACUCCUAUUGAAAUCUUCAAUGCAUUAUUUGAUGAUAACGUAAAGGAUUACAUUGUUGAAUCAGUAAAUGCUUAUGCCAAAAGAAAAGUACAAGUUAACACACCUGCACUUAGAUGCUCUAUAUUUAGCAGAUGGAAGGACAUUUCUAGACAUGAACUUGAUAAGUUCAUAGCCGUUUUGAUUUAUAUGGGCUUGUAUAAAAGGCUAUCUCUUGUGGAUUAUUGGUCUAUGUCGGCUGAAUUCCAUAUCCCUUAGAUGCACCAUGUAUUUAACAGACAGAGGUUUCAGGACAUUUAUCACUCCAUGCUAUACUGUGGCGAUGAAAAAUCCGAAAGCAAAUAUAACAUUAAACCUUUUAUGAAGUUACUCCUGAAUAAGUUCAGAAAUGCAUUUUACCCCUUUCAUGAACUAGAUGUAGAUGAAAUGGUAAUAGCAGACCUGUUUACCCCCAAACUCUUAAAAUCCUACAAUAUCAUCACAAAACCGUUCAAUACAUUAUCUUAAUGGUAAAAAAUAAACAUACCAUAUGUAUAACUUAUUCACCUUAAAAUCGUUAAUUGUACGCUAAAAUUGUAAGCAUAAACAGGUCUGUAAUAGGCUAUAAGAGCAGGUGGGAGUUUAAACAAUACAAUGCCAGUAAGCCUAGCAAGUACCACAGAAACAUUUGGUAUGUGCGAUUCCUCCACUGGUUAUGUUGUAGACAUUUUGACAUAUUUUGAUGCAAAUACUUAAUGUAACCCAGAAGUGGAUAAAAAUGGAAGACAACCUUUCUAUUUUUUUUCGUAUUUUGCUUCAACAUAUGGGAACUGGUCACAAAAUUUUUGCAGACAGAUACUACAUCUCCAGAAAACUCAUAGACUAUCUCCUUGCUAAAAGUCAUUAUUAUACAGGAACUCUAAACAUUAACUGUGUUGGCUUUCCACUGGAGGUAAAGUCUUUAUCUUUACAACACAAAGAAAUGAAAUGGUAUCUGAACAACACAAAAAGCAUGCUUUGUGUUGCAUUCAGAGAUAAAAAGGCCAAAAAGAAUGUAAUACUAAUGUCAACUGAUGCAAGAGUACAUACUACCGAAACCAAGAAAAUGGACAAACCUGAAAUGAUCCAUAUUUACAAAAAAAAAUGAAAGGCUGUGAUAAGCUAGAUCAGAAAGUCACCCAGGUCAAUUCCUACAUUUCGUUUUCAUUAUGCAAAGCAGCAGAUCAAAACCGAAUGAGUCUGAAGGACUAUAAACUUACAUUGAUUCGUCAGCUAACUGGGAAUGAGGCAUUUGAUCCAAUGGUAAGAACACCAGGAAAGGGCCCAGAGACAGGAUGCCUUGAAAGGACAAAUGAAUCACAACACAUUAUUGAUUACUACGAACAUGACUGAUCUUGUGCCUAUUGCUCUACUGCUACAAAAUGGAUACUCACACACUUUUAUUGCACUGGUUAUGAGGCCAAACCUCAUCUUCAUCCUAAAGGAUGCUUUUUAAUUUUUUAAUGUUUUUUCUAUAAUAAAAAAAACUAUUUAAUAAUAAAAUUGUGGUAUUUUCCCACAAGUUCACAAUAUGGGACAAAAAAUGGCGGAAGAUGCUGGUACUUAGGAAAUAUUCAAUUAUUACCAGUAUUUACAACAAAAUAUUUUUUAUUUGAAUUAUUUAUAUUCUGGAUGAGCCUAUACUGCUAUUGGGUAUAUUUCUCUUUAUGCUUUAGGGUAAGAAGUAUUAAUAACACGGAUAAUUUUCUGUUGAGAUGUCAUUUGCAGCCCUCAGUUCCCAGAAUUUUUUUUUUUGGCCCACGUAGUUAAAAAGAUUGGACAGCAUUGCCUAGGCUAUAAUCAAGUUUGAUAAAAAGAAAAAAAGUUAAAAUUAGUAUUAGAUAAGGCUGAGUAAUCUUGUCUUAUUAUUGUCCUAUUUUUAGUAUUUCAACAAUUGUGAUUGGGAUUAAAAACAUAAUUAAAAGUAAAAGAUAGUCUGAAGACAAUAAUAAUAAACAACUUAUUUUAUAAUUUAAUUUUGGGUCUAACUGAAAGAUCAGUUUUGUUAGUGUCUCAUCAUUUCUAUUUUGAAAUUAUAAAUCAUCAUUAAUGACAUGAAUCAUACCGUAAACUAUUACAAUGGGUCCUACUAAUAACUAAUACAUAUACCUAAGCCUAAACCUAAAAUUAACACUGGUAGGCUUUGCCCAUUUUGAAUAAAGAACUCAUCUAAAUAAAUGAGGCCAUGACAUCAUUCAAGGCAUCAAGGGUAAUUGCUGGUUAUCAGUUUAAGUUGCCUAAAUUGGGGUAGCAUCAUAAUGACUUUAUAUCUAAAUUCAUGUUAACCUUCUUGAGAUGGCUGGGGAAAAAGACUAAGGGCCAAUCCAUCAGCCUCAUAAUACAAGCCUUGAGAUUGACUGGCUGGUAGCUGGUCAUGGUACUAGCUAAUCAGAUUGUUUCUGACAUUUCUUGCUCAUCUUGCCAUUUUAAUGAUUGCUUCUGGCAUUGUUUGCUCAUCUCUCCAUUUUAAUGGUGGCUUCCAUUUAUAAUUUACAGUGUUCUUGUUCUGUCAUUUUAUAUCCUGUUUUGUGCAUAGUGAUUCCUUUAAAUAUUUAUAAAAUAUAUGAUCUUGAAUUAUGCGAAAAGGCAUAAGCACCCUCUUUGGAAUAUUUAUGCAGUUUUUUUUACAUUAAGUCUCUCAUUCAAUUGUUUAAUUCUUAUUUAGGCUUUAACAAUCAGAAUAUUCAAGGUGUAAAAAAAUAUAUAUCUGGCAUAAAUGUUGAGAUUUCAGUUUCAUUCAUAAAGAUCUUAUUGUUUCAUUCAAUUUCCAAGAAUAUUUAUAGAUUUAUAUUUGUAAAGUAAUAACUUCAUUGUUAAUAAACAAUAUUUUUUUUUGCAAAGUGAGUGCAGGAUUUGUGAAAAUGCCUUUGUCUUCUUGGCCCAGAGAGUCCAAAAAGGCUCCAUCUCCAGAGGUUUAAUAGACCUACUAACUUGAAUGUAGAGGCUUACAUUAUAAUUAUAACAAUCAGAUGAAAAAGGACAUCGCGUUUGUUAAAUCUUUUAUUCUAAAAUAAUGCAAAUGAAUGAUUCGCCUAAUAUGAAAAAGUUAAUUUUAAAAUUCCUUAAAUAAUUUAAUUUUUGAGUGUGUUGAAGCUAAAUGAAAGAUUUAUUCUUAUUUAAUAAUUGCAUUUAUCAUGGAAUUUGAUUUGACUGAAGAAAUUUAUUUUUAAUCAAUUUCAGUGAAAAAUGUGUUUAAUAGUAUCUUCAGAAUAUCAAAUAUUCAGAUAAUCCCACACUCAAUCAGAAAGGUUGCGUUAAGGAAGUUAAUGCAUAUGAUACAAUUUAUUUGUACCUCAUGCUCAUAUGGUGCUUAAUAUUAUGAACAGUAAUCAUUCAUCAAUUUUUUUGUCGUUUCAAAUUUGAUUUUACCUGGCUUGUGCGACAGGUAUUGGAAUUGCCAUGUGAAUUGCUUAUAAUAAUAAUAUUAAAAAUAAGAUAGGGUGGUUCAUAUAACCGAUGUUUGGGAAACUGCAGAAAGUUCAAAACUCUGCUGCUAGGCUUGUUCUUAAGGCAAAAAAGCGCGAUCACGUCACUUCACUACUCCACUCACUACAUUGGCUCCCUAUACAGGCACGCAUUGACUACAAGCUGUCUGUUCUCUGUCACAACUUUUUCUCAGAUUCCUGCCCUUCCUAUCUAACUGAACUUCUUUCUGUCUAUUCACCCCUUCGACAACUUCGCUCCUCCGCAGACUCGCGUAUUCUGUCCGUUCCCAAGACACGCACUAAAUUAUAUGGUGAACGAUCUUUCUCUUUCUGCGCCCCCAAACAAUGGAAUUCUUUGCCACUACACAUCCGCAAUAUACCAACCAUACAGGCCUUCAAAACUGCAUCUAUUUAAACUAUACUACCCUGACUGAUUCCCCUCCUAUAAACCGAUAAACGUACAUGGGUUUCCUUGUAAAAAUGUCUGGUGUGAGUGGAUGAAUAUACCUCUGGUUUUGUUUUGCUUAUAUGUUGUUUUUAUUUCAUUUAUGUAUUUUAUUUUAAUAUUAUGAUUAUGCCUCUUUGCUAUAUAUGUACAGCGGGGUGAGCCCAGCCCUAGGCUGGGGUACCGCGCUAUAUAAGACCACUUAUUAUUAUUAUUAUUAUUAUUAUAAUCAGCAGUUUUAAGAUUGACGCUCGCUGUAUUAGUGAAAACAUUAAAAUAAAAAAUUGUUUAUUGUUUUCUUAAUGUAAUUCAAAACAACUGCAGCUGCCAAUGACUUUUCUUUUCUGUUUCAGUUAGCAGCUUUCCGAAACAAAAAAGCCAAAAGCAAAAGAAAACAUUCUGAUAAUGCUCUGGACCAAAAUAUGCAACAACUACAAAAUUUAUCAUCUGAUCAAAUGUUUAAUGUCAGAGAAGACAAUUCUCCAACAGAAACUCUUUCUUCAACUGAUGUAAGAAAAUUAUCUGCAUUUUCUUUAAACCUUUCAUUUAAAAGAUUGCAUUUCAUUAACCAAAGUCAUAUUUAUUGUUAUUUGAAGUUUUAUUUACUAAUGUUAUAAUCCUAUUAUAAUUCCAAGUUAUUAUAAGUUAAUUUUAAUAAUGUUUCAUCAUCUUAAUUUAAGAUCUAUUGAUUAACUAGUUGCCAGAAUUUAUCUUUUAGUGUUAAUGUUGCUUUUUUGUGCACCACUUAAUAAUGAUUGCACUGAUAAGUAAAUAAGUUGAUAAAUCAGUCUUUGAUUAUUUAUGAUGUAAUUAUGUAGUGCUUAGAGAAUUUUUAUUGUAGCUAAUUAUAGGUUAUUCAAAAUAAUACGUAAUUAAAAUCAAUAUCAGGGAAAAAGAAAUUUGAAAAAUAAGCACUUUGAUAGAAAUAUCAUAAGAAUAUCAUAAAAUGGUGAGUGUUACAGUUUCUUCUUUAUGACCUUUGGGAGUAAACCUAAAUAAAUUUGAUCUUGCAUCUCGGAUUCUGGAUCAUUUGUUUAAUGCACUACAUUUUAAAUAUUAGAUUAGGUUAUUCCAUCAUGCACACAUGAUUUAAAUUCUCAUCCUAAGACUGUAUUAAUCUGGAGAACAACACUUGAAAGCUAAAGAUGUUUAAAAUAUAUACCAAAAGAAAAGGGAAUUAAAAAUAAAAAUAAUAAAAUGAGUUGGUUAGGCCAUAUCAUAGCUUUUUAGUAUUAAAAUUAUGGGUAAAAAGUUGUAUGUAUGAUAGCAUGCCUAGAAAUGCAUAAAUAUAUUUACAUAGAUGCUAAUAAAUCAUCUGUGAAACUAUUAAAAUUAUCUAGUUUUGUGACUAACAUGUGGUUACAUUUCUAAUAUCCAAAUGCUUAUAAGCCAAAUUAAUAAAUGAAAAGGCAGUUUUCAUUAAAAUGGCAGAUAACAGUUUAUCUGCAGAUGUGCAACUCUAACACUGUUUAUUCUCCUCUAUUACUUUGUUCAUCUAAAUACUUAGCGCUAAAGAAAAGCAGAAGAUAUAAAAAUUAUUUGUUUGAUGAGUUAAUGUAACAUUGAUAUUGAUUGCUGUUUUCCAAUAAAAUAAGAAUAAAAACCUACUUGAAAGGUUUUUAAUUUAAGGCUUAUCACUACCUUUCAAAGUUAGAUACCAGUACUCCUAUCUGCAACUAACAUAAUGACGUGUUCUAAUUGCAUUUGUUGUUGUUUUUUUGUUUUUAGAAAUUAAACAAUACCAAAAACAGGAGCUGAUUUGUGUGGUGCUAAAUGUAAAGAACAAAUGUGUUUAUGAAGAAAAAAAGGAAACAUGACAUGAUGUAUAAAAGAAAAGAAAAAGAUUGUCCAGAAAAAUAAAUAUAUAAGUCAAAGAGUAGGGGAAAACCUGAAUGACAAAAACAGAAAGUGAAUGUUUCGGCCAAAAGCCCUCAGCAGCAAAACAGUUAAAGACAGAGACAAACACUCAUAGAUAUGUUCAUCAACAACAUUUUCUACAUUUUAGAAGCUCAUCACCUGUUAUUGGCAUUGUCAUCUUUUUAACAACUUUUUUGCAUUUUGCAUGCUUUAAAUUAUUUGUUUAUCUUGAGUGCAGAGUGAUGAAUAUUCAACAACUAGUGAAGAUGAAUGCACACAAGAGGUUGGUUGAUGCAUCUUAUGCUUGUCAAAAAUAAAAAAAAUAAGUGUAUUCAGUUAUUUACAAUGAAACCAGUACAAGACUACAGUAAUUCAGUAACUUAAACAUUUUUAGACAUCCCUGUAGUUACUAACUGAACACAGUAACAGAGUAAUAACCUCAAUAUAUGUAUAAUAAUUUUCAUGUUAAUUUAUUGUCUUAUAAGAUUAAUAUGAAGAGUAAAUCUAUUUUAUAUUUUAGAUAUGUCGGAAAUUCAAAAUCAGAACUAAUAAAAGCUUAUGAAAUUUUUAAUCCCAAAAAUUAAAAUUGAAAAUUUAACCAUCACAUUAAGAAAUAAUAAAUUGCUUAUGUAGAGUCCACCUCAUUAUAUUUAGAGUGAGUGUGUGUUAUUUUACUUAACGGCUUGAUGACACCUUACUGUCUUAAUUGAAGAGCUCCUUAAAUUGUAGUGUACCGCCUUAAUUUGCACCCUUUAAUUGCUGUCAUAUUUUUAAGGAGUAUCUUUGAAAAUUAUAAAUAUAAUAAUUGAAACUGUUAUGUUAUGUAAGUCUAUAAGGGAAAACAUUUUUUUUUUACAGGGAACAAAUUGGAGUGUCUCCCCUCACACCCAGAUAAGAAUCUCAGAGCUGGAAGGAGCAAUGCAAGAAAAGCAGCUGGACUUAGAUAUUGACUUUGGGGAUUCUUUACAAUGGAAUAAUGUAAGUAAAGUCUUUUUUUAACACUGAGUGGAGUUUGCAGGGACACAUAAUUAUUUUUAUUAUUUCUUUAGCUAAUUAAUUUUUCAUAUGCUUGACUUUUUAAUGGUGGGUAAAAUGCCUGUCCACAGUAAGUUCUUCUUAUCAGAAGGGGAUACAAGUCAUAAAAAUAUUUGCUCUGCAGAUCUCAGAACGUAAGAUGAUUAUUACAAGAAUAUAAAUAUAUAGUAAUUUUACCAGUGAAGUAAAUAGCUAUUUCCAUCAAUUAAAUAUUUUAGACUCCAGCUAAUCAAAACUCAUUUCUCUUUGAAAUGAAAAGAACUUGUUCCUUAAUGUUUGGGAGGAAAAUGUGUUAAGACAUCUAAAGGGGAUUCAUUUGCAUAUUUUAAAAAUGCAAUGCAGUUCAAUAGGUUAUCUCUCUUAGCAUUAGUUUUUUAGACAGACAAACUAUAGAAAUUAUGUCAUUUAAAUAUGUACAAUUAUGUUUUUGUGUAUUGCCAGAAUGGUAAUGAAAAUCUGAGGUAUUAAUUAAUUUUUUCCAUUUUUAUAUUUGUCAGUUUUCUGAAGUUGAGUCGGCCCUGUCACAGAGAAAUGAACUUUUAAGCCAACUCACUCAGUCACUUCAAUCAUCACUGGGACACCCAACACUGACAGAUGAUUUUAUGACACAAGUCUGCUCUCUUGCAGAGCACAUCUGCACACUACAGGCCCAGCUACAUCAAGUAAGUUUCUUUAUCACGUUUGCACAUGUUCGUUUCUUCUUUUUUUCUCUUUUAUGAAGCUUCUAAAAAAAAUUUGUUGAAAUAAACAAGUUGACUUCUUAAAAAAAAAAUCAUUGUCUAUUCUUAAACUAUAUUAUUUGUAGGGAUAGACUGAUGAUUUGAAAUUGUUUUUCAUAAAACCCUGGUAAUAUACUAAAGUAACUCUAGUUUCAAUUAGAUUACACUCUUUAAAAUAUUAGAUUGAAAUUUUAAAAAAUAUUUUAUAUUACUGAGAAGUGGCUUGGCAUUGGAUUUAUGGGGUUCCAAUUUCUUUUGUUUUGAAUAAAUCCUGUAGAAAAUCUUUACUUAAAAUUUUUUUAAAAACACCUUGCUUUCUGAUCAAUAUAUUAAAGAAUAAAAAAAGAAGAGAUGCUAUUAUUCUAAGUAAAGUAUUAAAGCAUCUUUCACAUGCACACUGCAUUUUCUUUUAACAAAUUGAGAGAAAAUGGAUUGAUUUGGCUUUAGUAACAAACUUCUUACAUUACUAUAUUGGUUCUCCAUUACUGCAAUCUGCACUUAUGUUACCUAUUGAAUUUACUCACAUUAGCGGUGAAAUAUUGUGGUACCGAUAAUGCAAAUUUUGUUUAGUGACCUUAAAAGACUGCCGUUACUUAAAAUUUGUUUGACCUCGACCAUUAAGAAAUUUAUAGCUGCCAGUUUUGCAUCAGGGCUUUUCUAUGAGCAUUUAGUGUGGCUCUAAGCUUUAAAGUUUGAUGGUUGCCUUAACUUAUUGAUGAUGCAUAACAAAAAAUAGUGUUGAACCAGAAAAUGGCUGCUCUUGGUGUUAUUUUGAAAGUCUAAUAAAAGAAGCAGAAUGCAAGUUUUCAAAGGUGAUUAAAAAAAAAAAUUCUCUUCAUUUAAUAAGACUAAUUCAAUAACAGCAGCAUGGUGGCAGUUGGGCUUUCUAACUUUUAAAAUCUAACCAGUGGAACUCAGUUAACAUUUUGAGGCCUACCCCAUAAUAUUUAUAUUGGAGUAAAAGAAUAUCAUAGAUAGUAAUGAAUAUUUCCUGCCCAUGAAAAAGUAUCAAAUUAUGAAUAACAUUUAUGCAGUUUACUAAAUGCAUUCCCUGUAGCAACCUUUUCAUAAUCAUCUUCUAACAAAUUAAGGUCUGCAAAAAUUGUUGUGCACAAGAAACAUGUUUUUUAUCUCUUUAUUUGUAAGAUGGGUGUAGUAGUAUAAAAAUAUGUGCAUGUCAUAGAAAUAUUAAGCAGAAUAGAAUAGGCCAGGCCUGCACAGCUCAAAAUGUAAGGCGGGCCGUAAUACUUUAUGAAAACUUCUGCGGGGCGUAAUACUUUAUGAAAAACUUGUGUGGGCCGAAAGAUAAUAGGACAGGGGCGAAAGCUAUUAAGAAAAUAAUAAUAAAGAAUAUUUUGUUACUUCGCGGGCCGCCAUGUGGGUGCUGGCUGGCAGUAUGUUGUACAGGCCUGGAAUAGACCAAUAUUUUUCUUAACCACAGAUUUUUUUAAUCAUUGAAAUUCAACUUAAAAUUUCCUUAAAAUUAUUAAAACACAUAAUGACUCCCUUUAUGCUCCUUAAAAAUAUUGAUGAGCGCAGAAGAAUUUCCAUAAUUUUUAAGGUAUAGAGGUUAUUGAUACCCAGGCUAAUGGAGCUCCCAAAGUAGAAGUGUGAUGUUUAAGUAGAUCAUUAAAGCAAUAUGUUGCAUCUAUAGGCUGAUUAAUUGGGAUUAAGGGAUGGAGCGCACUGAUAGCAUAGAAUUUAAGUGCAGAUUAGUGUUUAAACAUUUUAAGAAUGGCUGUAAUUAAGCAUUUACAGUUUAACAAAACUGAAAUUCCACCUAUGCAUAUGUACAUGUCAUGAUUUUCCUUUAGUUUUAACAAUCUUGAGCUGGUGUAUUUCAGAUAAUGCCAAUAUCAUUUUUCCAUAUCUUUUUCAAUGUGCUUGAGGUUUUUCUGUUCAAACCAAGAAAAAUAAAAAAUAUUACAGUAAAAAAAAACCUGAAUUUUGAUUAAAGAAGAGUUUUAAGUUAAAGAUUUUAGCUGCGUUGCUCAGCAUGUGAUGUAUUAUACCAGAUGAUUUCAUUGCUGCGAUGACAAAACAUAUUUAUGCAUACACAUUUCCACAUAUCUUAUUUUUUUCUAGUGGCUGCAAGAUGUAAAUUGUGAUUGGUGCUUAACUAAUUCUUAUAUAUAUAAGUAUUUAUUUAAAUGAAAGUUAAUUUUUAUGAUGGUUUAUAUGAAGUAUUAACAGCCGUAAAUGUUUCUUUGGCUUGAUUUAAUUGUAUUUAUAUAAUAUUGACCUUAGUUAUUUGUUAGAAAAUCAACAUACUUUAUUGAAUAAAUUGCACAUUUAAAAAUGCUCUUUUUCUGUAUAAUUUUUAUAAACCUCACACAUAAGUAAUUUAAUCACACUAACUGACCUAUUCCUUUCUUGACCAGGCUGACGAGGAUCUCCAGGAGCAGCUGAUCCUGCGUGAAUCCUCCAUGAUAUCAUUACAGGCAGCCAAGGCACAGAUACUGCAGCUUCAGGUUAUUAUCACACACAAAGACAAAGAAAUAACAUCCAUGACACAAUUGUUGCGGGCCAGCAAUGGUGCCCUUGAUGCUAACGGACUCAAAGACGAGCACAUCAGUCAUAUCCAGCAGCUUCUCGAACAACAGACAGGGCAGCUACUUGCAUACCAGACACAGCUUGAGGCUAAAGAGGUCGAGUUGAAUCUUUUAAAAGAGGAAUGGUUUACUAAAGAGCAUGAGCUGAUCACAUCUCUCAGUGCAGGCUCUGAAGAAUUAUCAUCAUUGAAGAAAUCUCAAGAUUCUUGGAAACUGGAAACUAAUAAACUACAGGAAAAGUGCUUGCAUCUCCAAUCUGCUCUUGAUGAGAAGGAGUCUGCUGAUAUAAGGCUUCAAGAACUGGAGCAUCAGUUAGAAGAGCUCAGAACCACUCAUGAGAUAGAUUCUAAGGAAAUAGCUGCUUUACGACAAAAGAACCAGGAUCAUUCUGAAUGUCUUUCAUCACAUCAGUCAUUGCAAAUCAGUUAUGAGACUGUUAUGAAGCAGCAUUCAGAUUGUCUUCUGCAGUUGGAGCAUUUCAAAGAAUUAAGUUCUGAUCUCCAGGAAAAGUUGCAUUCCUUAAGCCUGGUGGAAGAUGAGCUUUCAGCUCUGAAGCAGCAGUUUGACAUCCUCAAUGCGAGUUACUUGAAUGAAGUAGACAAGUGUUCCCAUCUGGAACACAGACUUUCAGAGUUGAGCACGACAUCCUCGGCUGAACAAAGCUCAUUGAAAAAUACAAUUAAUGAACUUGGCAUGGAGAUUUCUAAACUUCAGACUGCUUUAUACAGUUCCAAGGAUCUUAAUGGGGAUAACUAUUUGGAAAGUCACAGUGGUCAUUUGGUUGUCAAAGGGCAAGAUCUGUCUGAAUUCCAGGCAAAUUUAAAUGUUAAUGCUAGUUGUACAGAAGUUGACAUGCUUAGUCACCAGGUUGAUGAACAAAAACAUACACAUGCCGAGGGCCAUUUCCUUGAUCAAUGUGCCCAAGAAAAUGUUGACGAGAAGAUUUAUUUGAGGGGAGUAAUUGAUGAUUUAUCUGCUAGGCUUGAGGAAAAGGAAUCAGAAAGUCACCAGAACAUGGCAAAAUUGACACUAUUACAAAAUGAUGUGCUCUCUGCUCAGCACAUCCAUGGUGUUGAAUUGUCAGAGAAAGACUUUUACCUUGAGCAAAUGCAUGGAAAACUAGAAGAAUUGUAUUCAGAAAGAGACCUUUUGACUGCCACUGUAAAAGCUCUUGAGCUGAAAUUAAAACAGCAGUCAUUUGAGAGAAGCUCCACUGAAUCUUCCCUUGUGGAAGACAGGGGUGCUGUGUGGCAGGCGGUUGUAUUUGGAGACAGUCCUGAGAACUGUGGAAUGGAACAAGGAGGAGCAUUUAUUGUGGAAGACAAAUCACCCAGCUGUGAAGUUUUGGAAAAUAAAAACCAGAUUUCCCCAUCUCAACAGGGCUCACUGCAGCCAUCUGAAGCAGAUGGUGAACAUCUCAGUGAGGUGGACAAACUGAAAGAAGAUUUUGGGUAUCUGUCAUUGCAAGUCAAAACUCUUCAGAUGGCUCUGAACACAACCACAUCAGAAUUGGCCAUAACUAAAGAAUCUCUAGAGACUGUCACGGCGCAGUUGGUCACCAAGGCAAGCUCUGAUCAUCUUGAAGAAGGCCAGCUAGAGACAACAAAAAGCUAUGAAGAUCCAGCUGUGAGUUUGAAAUUGGUGAGUCUCCAGCUGGAAGAGAAGGAGGUGGCUCAGCUUGAACUUCAGUCCCAGUUAGAAACGACAGUAUCUCAGUGGCAAAAGCUCCAGCUCAUUGUGCAGGAAAAGGAAAUUGAUAUCCAGAAUCUCCAGGAGAAUUUAGAGGAACAAAAGAGGAUAAGUUCUACCAUGGUCAGGGCCCACCAAGAAGAGGGGGACUCACUCCGUUCGGUAAUUGAUUCUCUUAAAUCCCAGCAAGAAAGUGAUUGCUCACAAAUUUCCAACCUGGAAAAUGAAAUAUUCAGCAUCAUGACAGAGAGGGACAUUGUGAAAAGUAAAUUAUUGGAAUUAGAGGCUAUAAUAACUGAAAGAGAUAUAGAAUUGAAGAGCCUAAAAGAAAUUAUAUUUAACAAUACAGUGGAAAUUGAUGAUUUGAAGAGCAACAUUUCUGUGAAAGAAUCUGCUCUUAAUGAAAGUCAGACAAAACUUGUUGCUGUUGAAAUGGAGGUCUGUGACCUUAGGAGCACUCUGUUAACAAGGCAAUCGGAAAUGCAAAGUGUUGUGAGAGAGCAAGACAGAUUUCAGAGAGCCUACUCAGAGAACUUCUCUAGACCAGCAGGAUACAGUGAAUCUCAAAAUGGGGAAGACAUGGGCAGAAUUAGUGAAAAAGAUGAAGAAAUCAAUAUCCUUAAAAGCCUUGAUGCCAAAAAUCAAACAGUAAUAGACGAGUUAAGCCACAGCCAAGCAGAGAGUAAAACCCUCGUUAGCCUUUUAAGAAAUGAGCUGUCCCUUAAAGAGAAAGAAUUGGAUGGACACAAACUGAAGUUAAGUGAACUAGAGUCAACGUUGUGUAGUGUUCAAAGUAAACUAAUGGAGCUGGAAGGGGAAGGGAAAGAGCACAAAACAAAACUAGAUGAAACUGAGGUAGAGUCUGUGAGUUUAAAAAAGAAACAUUGUGCCCAAACACUGAAACUAAAAGCUUCGAAAAAGGUCAUAGCACAAAAGGAAGAAAAAAUUGCCAAAAUGGACAGUCUUUUAUCUGAAAAGGAGGAAGAAAUUCUUAACUUGUUCAAGAAUUGCACAGAUAAAGAUGAAGAAAUUUCAAACCUACUUAAGAAAGUCACUGAUAAAGAGGAAACAAUUUCAAACUUACACAGAAAUGCUACUGAGAAAGAUGAAGAAAUUUCUAACUUGCUCAAAAUUGUCACAGAGAAUGAUGAAGAAAUUUCAAAAUUUCUUAAAAUCAUCACAGAGAAGGAUGAAGAAAUCACAGAUUUGAAUCGAAGCAUAAGCAAUACAAAUUACAACACAUCAGAUAUGAGUAAAAGUAUAGCUGAAAAAGAUGAGCACAUAGAAAGAUUAAACAGGGAGCUGAAUGAAAAAAAUGGAGAAGCCACAGGUAUUUUAGAAAGACUUGCUAAAAGAGAAGACGAAAUCAAUGAACUGACCCGAAGUGUAACACUUAAAGAAGAAGACAUUGCUGGUAUGAGUCUUGUUAUUACUGAAAAAGUAGUUGAGGUGACAGAUCUGAAGGAGAGGUUAUCAAAGAAAGAUGCCGAGUUUGAUAACCUGUGGAAAGUUGUUGGAGAAACAGAAAAAACCACUGCUGAAUUAAGUACACAGUUAACAGAAAAGGAUGCAGAGUUGGCAAACAUUGUGCAGGCUUCAGACAAAAGGGAAGAAACUCUCUCUGAAUUGAGAAAACAACUCUUGUUAAAAGAGGAUGAAAUUGAAAGAUUACACAAUACUAUGGAGGAGAGGGAAAAUUCAGAAUGUGAGUUAAGAAAGGAGUUGUCUCAAAAGGAAGAAGGGAUGGCCAGUUGGGUGGGGAUGGUUGGGGAGAAAGAGGAGGCACUCUCUGUGAUGAGCAGAGAGUUGAUAAGUGGACGUGAGGAAAGGGCCAAUCUGCUCAAGAGUGUUGCUGAAAAAGAUGAUGAAAUUUUGAAUCUGAACAAAGUACUGAUAGAGAAGGAGAAACUAUUAGAUGAAAAUCACCUGGCAUUUGUUAAACAAGAAGAUAAAAUUGCUGAGUUGCAGAGAAUUUUAAAAGAAAAAGCAGAAGAAAUGUCGAAUUUGUUUGUGAAUGCCACUGACAAAGAUGUGAUUGAUGAAUUGCGCACAAGUUUAAGCCACUGCGAUGCUACAGUUAUUAAAUUGACCCAAAAUUUAAAAGUAAAAGAUGUGGAAGUUAAUGAACUACAGAUGAAUUUAAUCCAUAGAGAUGCUACAAUUAUUGAACUGACCCAAAAUUUAAAAGUAAAAGAUGAGGAUGUUAAUGAACUGCAGAUGAAUUUAAGCCACAGAAAUGCUAUAAUUAUAGAAUUAAACAAAACCUUAAAAGUAAAAGAUGAGGAAGUUAGUGAACUGCAGAUCAAUUUAAGUCAUGAACUAAAUAAAGUUGAUGAAUUAACCCAACAUUUAACCCAUAAGGAUGAAGAAAUCAUUGAACUGCACACAAGUUUAUCCCAAAAAAGUUAUGAAAUUUCUAAUGCGCUGCAAAAUGUCUCAGGGAAUGAAGACGAUAUUGCUGGUCUGCUCAAGAAUUUAAAUGACAGGGAUAUGGAGAUUACAAGUCUUAACAAAAUGCUCUUAGAAAAAGAUGCCAGUAUUUAUGAUCUGAAUAGGACAGCAACAGAAAAUGAUGAGAAAAUAGCUGAGCUGGAUCAAAAACUAACACUGGCGGUUAAAGAAAUCACAAGUAUGAACCAAGUUUUGUCUGAAAAAGAAGCACUGCUAGGCAUAUUGAGUAAAAAAGUAUCUGAGAAGGAAGAGGAAGUGUCAUCCUUGCAUGAUAUGUUGACACAUAAAGUUGAGGAGAUUGCAACAUUACACAGAAAUAUAUUAGAUAAAGAUGAUGAAUUUGCAAACAUCGGAGCUGAAAGAGAUUAUCAGGUAACACAGUUAAAAAUAAAGCUGGCAGAAAUAGAGGAAGAGCUUUCACAAUCACAGAAAAAUAUUUCAUUGAAUGAAGAGGUGUUAACUGAUUUGAUGAAAAAGCUAAAUGAAAAAGAAGAUAACAUUUUUAAAAUGGGUCAAGUCAUCACCAAACAGGAACAAGAUCUGUCUGAUUUACAGCAACAGUUGAAUGAAAAGGAGACAGAAUUUGAAACUAGGUACCAUGAUGUCACAGGUGAACACCUUCAAAAUCUCCAAGACAAAGAUGUUCAGAUUUCUGAAUUAAACAGAAUGUUAACUGAAAAAGACCAAGAGGUUACCAAAUUGCUUCAAAAUGUCCAAGACAAAGACAUUCAGGUCAGUGAAUUAAACUUAAAGCUGCUAGAAAAAGACCAAGAAAUAACAAAAGUGCUUCAGAAUUUCCAAGACAAAGACAUUGAGUAUACUGAAAUAAAUAGAAAGUUAACUGAGAAAGACCAGGAGAUUUCUGAACUACUUCAGAAUGCUGAAGAUAAAGAAAUUCAGAUUGGUGAAUUAAACAGAAAGUUAACUGAGAAAGACCAAGA